GGCGGUUUGAGUGCAUUUGGGAUAAUACUUUUUUUGUGUUCGUGUCAGUUUUAAGUGUUUAUUUGCUGGUAGUGAAAUGGCAAGGGUCGUCCCCGAAGAUUUAAAAUGCACGAAUGCAGAAGUAUCUGUCAGUACCUCCGAUCUAUACCUCAGUGAAUGGCGAAGAUAUUUGCGGAAGAUGUACCAUUUCUGAUGAAGAUACGCAUAUCCGAAACAAAAACGUACGAGCAAUUAGCGAAAAUUCAACAGUUUCCAUGCAGCUUAUCCAAAAAUUGUAAUAAACUACUGGAAUGGGGACGGGUGCUCGACCACGAAGAAGUAUGCGAAUUUGUGAAUGUUAUGGAAGUGCAAAAAGUUGCUCAGCAUUUCAGCCAAAACCAUAAAAUCUUUAACUCCGGAAGCUUCGAGCUGUUAUUACCCGAUACUUCCACAAUAUAUUUAAGCGAAUUCGAUAACAACAGUUUCGUGGUUGGCAUUUUUAUCGAUAACGAUAGCGUAUCCAUCAAAGUGUUUGGUCUCUGUGACAAGUUGGCAAGUUUUUUCGUGGUGCUAGAAUUCAAUAACAUUUCCAUCGACCUUGGGGAAUCAGAGAUGAUCAAAUAUUUUCCAGAUAAAGAUUUUGCCCGAGGAGAUUCAGUGUCCGUGCCAGAUUUUGAGUGGAAGAAGGAAUCCCUCGCAGAUAUCUUUAAAAAUGAUCAGCUUAAAUAUCUAAAAAUUCAUUUCGAUAUUUGUUAUAUUAAUAAGUCAAACGGUCGAGGGCUAAUGAAAGAUUUAUUGUUAAGCUGCCUCGAAUGCCCAGUUUGUUUCAAGUUGAUGAAAUUAGAUAAAAUCAUCAAUUGCAAUAAGGGCCACUCUAUCUGUUCAAGUUGUUAUAAUAACCUGCCAAGUUGUGGUUACAAUAAGGUAUGCCCUACCUGUGGCAACGGCUUCAACUCCCAGAACAGAAAUUACCCGCUGGAAGCGUUGAGACGGGAAAUAUUGGAAAUUCGACCCCAAAUUUUGCGCGAAACAUAAUAAUAACUAAAUAAGUAAAUAAUAAUAAACUGAUUUCUAUCCGU